CAUGGCCACUGGAAUACAAAACAUGACUCGAUAAAAAUGAAGAGAAUAUACGCAAGUUGUUGCUGACUCGCACUGACUCGACACGUCUAUGAUUUCCCAUUGUGUUGCUCGCUCUUUCGUGGGAUACAUCGGAUAGAUUCACUUAACCUGUACCACUCGAUUGUGACAAUAUUACACUUCGAGUAAUCAUGGACGAGAAUUGUGACACCAGUUUAAAGGACACAGAAACCAUGGAUAUAACGAGCAGAGCUGUCAAGACUUAUUAUCAAAAGGAACUUAUAUACAACAAGUUGUUACCUUAUGCGAACGAUUUAGAAUCGGAAUCACAGGCUUUAUUUGCCGAAAUCAAAGCAAAUUUAGGACGGGCUGUUAUGUUGCGUGAAAUGCAACCUGGUUGUGUUCUUGGGCUCACUAGGUUAUGCGACUACUUAAAGAUAUAUGGCUUGAAGUUCAGUAAAGAAGAUCACAUUUACUUAAUAAAAUUAAUAUACGAAUUAGUUACAAUUCCAGAUCUAGACCCAUUUUUAAUCAGUGGAUACAGUAUGACAUUACUUUUACUAUUAAAGAAGAAAGGAUUAAUAUCUCCGGAAGAACUACAACUACCGUGGAAACCUAUUUAUAACUUAACCGACCAUGUACAAUCAAAGAUAAAAACUUCCUUGGGCAUGUAUCGUUAUUCUGCAUUGUUAAGAGACACACUAAAUCUGCUUGUACAUGCGGUGAAAGUCUAUUUUCCUGUGAGUGCCACACAGGAGAUAUUAGAUAAGUUGAGACCCACAUUUUGCCCUCUUGAUGGCACACUGAUGUCUGUGAAUAUGGAAACAUUAGAAUGGUUCUUACCAGUACAAUUACCUCCUAAAUAUCAUUCGAUUGGACACGAGUUAUGGUUCGAUGAAUUUAUGUCUUUAUGGAAUGUUUGUCAUAACGCGCCAGAGUGGGAAAAUCGCAUGAUGUACUUAAUGGCGAGAUUAGCUUCUCAUAACAUUGGAUACAUCGAUUGGGAACCGCAUAUACCGUUAAUGUUCACUAGAUUUAUGAAAUGUUUGAGGCUACCAGUAACUUACAAUCAAACGCAAAGACGUAAAUAUCAUAAAAUAGAGACAUGUCCCAUGUCCAUAUGGAUAGCAUCAGUUCUGGGACACGGUUCAAGUGCGCAAAUGUAUCUUGAGAAAUUCUUGAAAACUAUAGAAACGUAUUUUCAUCCAGCCAAUACGGGUUGGUGGCUAGACAAGUUGAAGGAACUUCUUAUAAAACUUCCAUAUUAUUUUAUCACACGUUUACACAAGGAACGAUACCCUAAGCCAACAUGGGAAACACCUGUUCCAGAUGAGUACAAAUUAACCGAUAGCGAUGUCGAUGCAUUUGUCAAGAGCAUGAUUCCAAUAACUAUGACAGCUAUGUUCAACAAGAUAGGUGUCAACAAUGCUGCUCUAGCAUUGGAACAUCUUUCUGCUAUGAGACCUAGCUUAGUUAUUCCAGACGUUUUGGAGAAAAUAUCUUCUACGCUGGACUCGUUUACAAUAGAGUCAUACAAACUGAAUGCUGCAAUGAGUUACAUGGCAGCUAUAGCAAGGCCAAUGGCACAAGGAUCUAGAAACGUUAAUAAAGGAUACACAUAUCCUGAAGGACCAGCGCAUAUUUUACCAUUACUAUUUCUGCUUCUACCUGGCAUUGAUCCAAGCGAUACGGAGAGGUGUUUUGUUGCUUUUCGCCUUAUUUCAGUUUACGCUACUCAUAUAUUCAUUAUGGAUCCGUCGAAACUUUCCACAAUAACGGACGAAGAAGAAAGAAGAAUAUACGACGAGACAGCAUCGAAAUACGAAGAUUUCGUUUUACAAUUUUUUGACAGAGUAUUCUACAUCAUAGAUUCUAGUUCCUUAGAAUCGGUUCGACUGGAGAGCACUGCUGGCAGUGGAAAAAGCAAAUUGGAAAAAGUUACUGAAACUCUGCUCAGGGAUGUCUGCACAAGUUUAUUAGUUCAGACCAACGAUAAAAUCUUCGAGAGUGCUUUACACAAGCUGCGCACCUUUAUAACCGAACGUAUUCUUGAAACGAAAGUCGCCGGACAAUUGGCUGCCGUGUUAUGUAGAAUAUUCGCUCGCGUAAACGGCAAGAAAACACUGCGUUCAUUGUUACCUCUGCUUUCGGAUACUAUCUUAGAGAUCACAGGCGAAAGCAGCGACAUUGUUAUAGAAGAAAAUUUGGACGGUCGCCUUUUGUACGCGAUGCUGCUCUUAUCUGCUGUUGUUGGUACACCAGGGAACAAUUUGCUGCCAUACAUCGAUCUUUUGAUUACCGUUCUUGAUCGUGUACUAGUCUUAAAGUCAAGAGAAGGAAACAAUUUAGCUUGCAUGUUAUUGAAAACUGUUCUGCAUUCGUUAGCCACUAUGACGCCAUACGAAUUUGAGUCUACCGAAGACUUGUACUGGGGUCAGAGUCUAGAUAUCAAUUCCUUGAAAGUUAAGUGGUACAUACCUGGAAAAGAAGAAAUGACUGCAUUAAAUCGAAUGUUCUUUAAGUAUUUAUCCCCUGAACUAAACAAAUUACAGAAAUACUGCGAAGACUGGUGUUCGUUGUCGAGGGACGAACUGCUGACUAGCUUAAAUAUUGUAAACAGUAUUAUUCAAGCUUGCGAGUCAGUUCUGCCAGUAUGGAAAGAGGAACCGUUGGUUUUAAUGAAAUCGUGUUUGAAAUUGAUGCCUUUUAUGCCAACGCUCGGUAUGCAUGAAGAAAUAUUAAUGCCAGACGGUAGCAAUGUGAGACGUCAUAUCGUAAGACUUAUGGACAAUUUACAGAAAGUAAUAUUGAAGCAUGCAGAAGACGACACGAAAAGUUUAUUUGUUUUAAUACAGAUUUGGAAUAGUCUUUUGAUAGGAAAGAUUCGUUUGUUCGAUGCUUACGAAGCGAAGCUCAAGCACUUUCAUAUGGUACAUAAAAUGAUGAAAGAUAAAUUAGUAGGAAAUAAAGGAUUGAUAAGGCCAUUUGUACUUCAACGUGCUGAAAUCCAACAUGAGACGCGUGUAGUUUCACAAUAUUUCAACUUAACAGAAACUCACAAGAAGAUUAUAUUUGAGCUUCUUACGUUAUCAACCAGUAGAUACGCUAAUGUGAGAUCGCAAGCUCAGUGGAGUCUAUUUCGUGCUUUACAAGAGUUUACUUACUCUUACACGCUUAUUAUUCCACAAUUGAUUGAUAUAUUACGAAAGGAUGUGGAAGAUCAUCAUGAUGCGUACAAGGGCGUUUUGUAUAUCCUGUUUGGUCCCCAAGAAGAGCCCAUCAUUAUGAAAUCCGAUUGGAAAAUGCUGAGAUCUUUAUGGCCAGCUAUAGUACUUUCUAAAACAUCCGAGAAACUGUCUGUGGUUCGAUUAAAGGAAAAUUUAGUGGAAACAAUAAAUAAACGUUUUUUAAAGAUAACCAUUAAAUUCGAAGUGCCGGAAACGUGUCUAGCGAUAGCAUCGAAAUUAUGGACAACUGAACCACGACCGAAUCUCCCUAAGCCUACGGAAAAUGAAAUAGGAGAAGGUUUAAAAGCAUCGAAAGAACUUGAACAAUCUAAUCUUGACGCAUACAAUGGCUUGGUGGACGAACUGUUAAACGCUCUUCUGGAAAAGAAUUUACAUUGGAGACAUCGAUUAAUGGCGAUGAAUUUUAUCAGAGAUUUGGUCUAUCCGACUCAAACCUAUCCAGUGAAAGUGGUGCGUUACUUUUUAGGGGCGUUAAUACACGAUUCGCUGCAAGAGAGAAAAAUUGCAAUUAAAGUAGUCGUGUAUAUUUUAAAGCAACUUAAACGGAAACAUCCGAAGAUACUUAUUGAUCCUCCUACUCUGUCGGAUCGGUCAAAAAAACUAGUGCCAGGAGGAAGAUCAGACAACGUUUGGCUUCAAUAUAAUUAUGAAACGCGUCCUCUGACUGCAGAGCAAUGGGAUGAACCCAGAUACGUUCACAAUACGCACGUCGGAUAUUACAUGUGGCCAACGAAGAUCGAAAUAUACGCGCCGUCCUCCGAGCAACCGUGUCUAGAUCCAAGUGUACGAAACUUAACAGAACACGAGAAGGAAGUGGAUCACUUUUUCAAUGAUCCGCGAAAUAUUGAGAAACUUAUAAGGUUUUUUAGCCUUGAAGAGAAAAAGGGCAAAGAUAAAUUCAAUUGUUACAGAUUUCUUCUCUUCCAGGGUCUUUUCCGUAACCACGGAAUAGUGUAUUUGAAACACUUAUUGCCGCAUUUGUAUAAUUUAGUUACGGACAAACAAGAAAGUAGUCAAAGAUGCGCGGCAGAAAUGAUUGCCGGAAUAAUUCGAGGCUCGAAGCACUGGCCAUUCGACAUGGUCCGUGAAAUGUGGGAUUCUUUGUUACCAAUUGUAAGGCUUGCCUUGGCUAACAUAACGGUAGAAUCUGUUAUUGACUGGGGCGUGUGCUUUGCCAAGUCACAACAGCGUAGAGAUCCGAAUAGACAUCAUUGGCUACUGGAAUGUCUAUUGGAGGAACCGUGUCUUGCUGAAUCAGAGUCGUCUUUCGCCGAAUGCGGACGUUUGUUCAUUCUGCAAGUAGCUCUCGACGAACAAUCGUGGCGUGUUUCACACUUGUUGAGACGUUUACUAAAACGUACAGAGGAUAGAUUACUGGCGAGCCCAUUCGAAAAUGUGAGAGACAGAUUAGCUUCCGUUCUGGUCACGGUGUUCAAUGCGAAUUUAAGAUUUCCUGGUACCUCGAACAGUCAAUGGACGCCGAGAACAGACGAUUUAAUAAACAGAAUAAUACCGAGAUUGCAAUCCCUUGUGACCGAAAACACCACGGUACUCAGCAUGGACGAACAAUCUUUAUCUGCACAAGUGGCAAACGUUAAGUUCAAUGAUUCUUCAGUGAACUCGGAAAAGAACGUAGAGGAUUGGGAAAUGGCGAUUCGAUUGCUCAAGACAGUUUGCAAGUGGAUCGCGAACACUAUAAUUCGUUCUCAGAAUGGUUUACAGCCGGGAUUUUAUGAAAUAUUCCCAAUUAUAUGUCAACUGGAAAAUUGCGACAUAGACACAGAAUUAACGAAGUUGUGUACGUCUACUUUAGCAGUGCUUGCACAGGCAUUCACUCUACCGCAUGAUAUGCCAACAGCUUUGGAUGCAAUAAUAAAAAUGUCGAAACACAAUUCAUGGUGGACAAGAUCUACUUGCUUGGAAUUUCUUCAAGUAUUUGUAUUCCAUAAUAUGAGUAUAUUGUUAAGUAAUUCCGCAUGGGUCGAUUCCGUCAAAGAUACAGUUCUAUAUUUGUUGGAAGAUGAACGUCUCGAGGUUAGGAAAAUCGCUGGUCAAGUUCUCAGUGGAUUGUUACAUUGCACAUUCAUACCGGAACCGGAACACUUGUUGGAGGAGUUUAAGAGGAAGGCUAUAACCAAACUAUACAAGAAAGAACACUCAAGUCAGAAUAAGGAAGCAACAGGGAAAAAGGGAAAAAUUGAUGUUAUAAGGAUUCGUCAUGCAGCUGUACUGGGACUGUGUGCAUUCAUUCAAGCUCAUCCGUACGAUAUUCCAGAAUAUAUACCCUCAAUCUUCGAAUACCUUAGUCCUCACAUGAAUGAUCCGCAACCGAUACCGACAACAAUUAGGAAGACAUUGGAUGAUUUUAGAAGGACACAUUAUGAUGUAUGGAGAGGCAUAAAGGGGUAUACGCAACACUUCACAGAAGAACAGUUAACUCUUUUGCAAGAUCUGACAAUGCCUCCAUCCUAUUAUGCUUGAUAGAAAUAUAAAAGGAGGCGAAAUAGUUCAGCAAAAUACGCGGCGCCGACAGUGGUGACCGUGCGCGCCUAGCGCUUCCGUUAUGCUGAGCGGCAAGCAAGGCGACCGCCGUCAUUGAGUACUGUUGAAAAUGGAUUUUUUCAAAAACUAGACGUGCUGGAAAGAAACGGUUUGCAGAUUCGU